AAUAGAAAUAUUUUUGAUACAGCAAAUGGAAAACCUUGAAGGAGUCGAGGGAUAAUGUUUUUGCCCUAAAUAAUUAAACACCUAAAAGUCGUCGUCACCGAGGCCAACAUAUUCAAUAGCCCUCGGGCACAAGACCGUAGUGUUGACAUCUGCACAACGAAGCUGUUGAUUCAAAUACAGAUGAGGUGAGGGUGAGGGGAAAGAAGUACAGAAUUUCAAGGUGAAAUGGAAGACGACGCCAUCAGACAGUCACUGUUAAAUACUCCAGAACCCUCUCAGGGACGUCCCUUUACCCCUCCUUCCCUCCUCGUACGUUUGUAUGUUGGACACUUCUUGGCCAGAUGGGGUGCCAGAAUGUGGGAGUUCUCUGUAGGUUUGUAUAUGAUCAAGGUUUGGCCAGACUCUCUACUGCUUGCUGCUGGCUAUGGUGCAGUGGAAUGUGCCUCUACUGCCUUAUUUGGUCCUAUUGUUGGACAAUGGGUCGAUAGAUUGACGAAUCUUAAGGUUCUCCAAUUGUGGGUGUUAUCACAGAAUCUCUCUUAUAUUUUUGCUGGAGGAAGUGUGAUUGGGUUACUAGUCCACUUAAGCUUGAAGACAACAAAUUUCACGGCAUUCAUCUCACUUGUUGUGUUGACAAAUGUUGCUGGGGCUGUUGGCGCGCUUUCUGUGCUUGCUGGAACCAUCUUGAUUGAAAGAGAAUGGUUGGUGGUAAUUUCAGAAGGUCAUUCUGCUGGAGUGCUGACAAAGAUGAAUUCAGUUAUCAGACGGAUUGAUUUAAUCUGCAAACUGUUUGCUCCUGUGCUGACUGGCUUCAUUAUCAGUUUUGUAUCCCUAAAAGCAUCUGCUAUGACAUUGGUACUAUGGAAUGCUGUAACUGUUUGGCUGGAAUAUUGGCUUCUAAUAUCUGUGUAUAAUGGAAUUCCGGCCCUAAAGGAAAACAGCCAAAAGAGGAUCUCAAGGUUUUCACGGAGUGAACCAGAAGGGAGAACUUCUAUUUCUCAGCAGGCAGGGAGCUUGCCUUCUUCUGAUGGAAGCAGUGCAGAAUCGGUGGAAAACAAAUGGAAAAACAAAAUAUUUGCACAAGUUUUAGAAUUCCCUUUUGUUGGUCAGUGGAGGGUGUACUUGCUGCAAGAUGUGGUCCUUCCUGGAAUAGCUCUGGGUUUGUUGUAUUUUACAGUCCUCAGCUUUGGAACUUUGAUGACAGCUACCUUAGAAUGGGAAGGCAUACCUACAUACAUUAUUGGCAUUGCUCGUGGAAUAAGUGCAACUAUUGGUGUAUCUUCCACAUUUAUUUAUCCAAUCUUACAAGCUCGUAUUGCAACACUUCGAACAGGACUUUGGUCUGUUUGGUUGCAGUGGACCUUCCUCUUGAUAUGUGUUGCUUCAAUAUGGGUUCCAAACAGCAUUUUAUCCGCAUAUAUGCUGAUGGCUGGUGUGGCAACAUCUCGCUUGGGACUGUGGAUGUUUGACUUAUCAGUCAUUCAGCAAAUGCAGGAUCUUGUUCCAGAGACAGAUCGUUGUGUUGUGGGAGGUGUGCAGAACUCACUUCAGUCUAUUUUAGAUCUGAUGGCAUAUGUCAUGGGAAUUAUCAUAUCGAACCCACAGGAUUUCUGGAAGCUGACGUUGUUGUCCUUUUCUGCGGUAACAUUGGCUGGCGUACUCUACAGUGUACAUAUCUACUGCAUCCGAAAGCACCUAUUUCACUUUGAGAAGCUGCAUCUGUUAGUUCAUUGGUUUAUCAGAAGAUCUUAAGAUUCAUAUUAAUUGUCAAGUCUUGAUAUUUCUGUCCAUCAUAAUGCUUGAGUUUUCGGAAGGGAGAAUCAUUUGUGCGGCAAUGAAGAAGAUCAGACAGUUCUUUGAAUAAGUUGCUGAUAGGCCAGGUUUUAUUUGAAAUGAAGAGCAGGGGCGCUGUAGCAUAAUUCCUUGAAGGGCACACGCAGCCAAGCCCUUAAGCCAAGGUACAUACAAUAUCUUUCAACAAAAGGCACAAGAGGAGAGAAUUCCUUGCUUUCAAUAUGUGACAAAUGGAAGCAGUACAACUUAAUUUGUAAAUAAUAACACGAGGGUUGAGCCCAUAACAUAUAAACUCCUAGAGCUGCAAGUGAGUCGAGCCAUUCAUGUUUGCUCAAUAAUGACUCGUUUGGGAUUGUUGUUAAGAUAAAUAAGUUUAGCUUGAGACUUGUUUAAUAGACUUACAAGUUAGAUAGUCAAGUAAAUUCAUUAAUUUUUCUUGCA